GGGGUUUGCUGGUGGGCAAGCCUAGGCUGGGCGGGGCGGGGCGCGCGGGAGAUUUGAACUUCCCGCCCAGUGUGGGUCAGCAGGAAAGUGAAGUUGCCUGGUUGUUUUCCAGUCAGGCCUUGCAACUAGCAGGGGUUCCGGGCGGGCUACAGAGAUGGUGGAAGGGCCAGGGUGUACACUGAAUGGAGAGAAGAUCCGGGCACGAGUGCUACCGGGGCAGGCGGUGACUGGUGUGCGGGGCACAGCUCUGCAGAGCCUCCUGGGCCCUGCCAUGUCCCCUGCCGCCUCCCUGGCUGAUGUCGCUACCUCGGCUGCUCCAAUGAAUGCUAAGGAUUCUGGCUGGAAACUCUUGAGACUGUUUAAUGGAUAUGUUUACAGUGGCGUGGAAACCUUAGGGAAGGAGCUGUUUAUGUACUUUGGCCCCAGAGCUUUACGGAUUCAUUUCGGAAUGAAAGGCUCCAUCUUGAUUAACCCACGGGAGGGUGAGAACAGAGCUGGGGCUUCUCCAGCCUUGGCGGUGCAGCUCACCAGAGACUUGAUCUGCUUCUAUGACUCUUCAGUAGAACUCAGAAAUUCGGUGGAAAGCCAACAGAGAGUCAGAGUGAUGGAAGAGUUGGAUAUAUGUUCACCAAAGUUCAGUUUCUCAAGAGCAGAGAGUGAAGUGAAAAAGCAGGGAGAUCGGAUGCUGUGUGAUGUGUUGCUGGAUCAGAGGGUGUUGCCUGGCGUGGGCAACAUCAUCAAAAAUGAAGCACUCUUUGACAGUGGUCUUCAUCCGGCUGUUAAGGUGUGUCAACUAUCAGACAAACAGGCCUGUCACCUUGUGAAGAUGACUCGGGAUUUCAGCAUUCUCUUCUACAGGUGCUGUAAAGCAGGAUCUGCCAUUUCUAAACACUGUAAGGUUUACAAGCGUCCUAACUGUGAUCAGUGCCACAGCAAAAUUACUGUGUGUCGCUUUGGGGAGAACAGCAGGAUGACAUAUUUCUGUCCUCACUGUCAGAAAGAAAACCCUCAAUGUGUUCAAGUAUGCCAGCUGCCAACAAGAAACACUGAAAUCAGCUGGACUCCUAGGGGAGAGGAUUGCUUUACGGACUCAGUGGCUCGGAAGUCUGAAGAGCAGUGGUCCUGUGUGGUUUGUACUCUCAUAAACAGACCCUCGGCUAAGGCCUGUGAUGCUUGCUUGACCACAAGGCCUCUGGAUUCAGUGCUCAAGAAUAGAGAAAAUUCCAUUGCCUUCAACAACUUAGUGAAGUACCCUUGUAAUAACUUUGAGAACACACACACUGAAGUAAAGAUCAACAGGAAAACUGCGUUUGGAAAUACGACCCUUGUUUUGACUGAUUUAAGCAAUAAAUCCAGUGCUUUGGCCAGAAAGAAAAGAGCAAACCACACAAUAGAUGGGGAAUCUCAAAUGUUUCUCCCUACAGACAUAGGUUUUAGUGAUUCACAGCACCCCUCCAAAGAAGGAAUAAACUAUAUAACUCAACCAUCCAAUAAGGUAAACAUAUCACCUACAGUUUGUGCCCAGUCUAAAUUAUUUAGUUCAGCACAUAAAAAAUUCAAACCAGCUCACACUUCUGCAACAGAACUUAAAAGUUACAACUCUGGACUUUCUAACAGUGAACUCCAAACCAAUAGGACACGUGGCCAUCAUUCCAAAAGUGAUGGCAGCCCUCUGUGCAAGAUGCACCACCGCCGUUGUGUUCUCCGAGUUGUGAGGAAAGAUGGAGAAAACAAGGGGAGGCAGUUUUAUGCCUGUUCUCUGCCGAGAGGAGCACAGUGCGGAUUUUUUGAAUGGGCAGACCUGUCCUUCCCGUUCUGCAGACAUGGCAAGCGCUCCAUUAUGAAAACUGUGCUGAAGAUUGGACCUAAUAAUGGGAAGAAUUUUUUUGUAUGUCCUUUGGAGAAAAAAAAGCAGUGUAAUUUUUUCCAGUGGGCCGAAAAUGGACCAGGAAUGGAAAUUGUUCCAGGAUGCUAAUAGUUUUCUCUUUUUAAAGAAUGCCCGUCUCAUAAACUCAUCAAACUCAUAGCAUUCAGUCCCCUUUGUUUAAUAGAAAACUUAUAGAACACCUGUUGUACAUACACAUUAAGAACCUGUAGUAUUUGAGACAUAUUUUUUUUCACUUAACUAUGUGAUCUUCACAGUUUUUGUUGUAAUAAUGAACACACUAUUUCACCAGAGGCACAGUCCAUUCUCUUUGAAAUGCAUAUUCAAUAUAGUUAAUAAUGAUGUCAAUAAAGUACUCUUAGAAUGUU